AUGUUGCUAUUAUUGGUCCGAGCUGGCGCUGCUGGAUCAUCAGCGGCAUUCCACUUACGGAAAUAUGCUCUAGAAGAGAAUAUUGCUAUCAAUAUUACCGUUUUUGAAAAGACGGACCGUGUAGGAGGUCGUUCAUUGACGGUCCCUGCCUACAACGACCCUUCUCUACCUAUUGAGCUGGGCGCAUCAAUCUUCGUUGGCGCCAAUCGCAUCCUUGUCAAUUCAAGCAGGCAAUUCCAGCUCCCAUUAAGCCAGCCUCACCGGCUAGAAAAGGACGACCUGACAGCCAUAUGGGAUGGUGUCGACUUCGUCUUCCAGACCACUGAGGGGUCCUGGGGAGGGUGGGAUCUCGCCAAGAUGUUUUGGAGAUAUGGUCUCUCACCAUAUAGGGUUAAAAAGCUUGUAGAUAGUAUGAUUGGAGAGUUCCUCAAGCUCUAUGAAGACCCAUACUUUCCUUUCAAGUCGUUGUCGCAAAGAGCAGAGCAGUUGGGCUUGAACCGGUUUACAAGUCUUACAGGAGAGCAGGUCUUGAAAAACGCUAACAUUGAUCCUCGUUUCGCCCGUGAGAUCUUGCAGGUUGCCACGCGAGUCAACUAUGCCUCCAACCUGGCUUACAUCCAUGGAUUGGAGACCCUGGUUUCAUUGGCCACGGAUAAUGCCAUGUCUGUCGAAACAGGUAAUUGGCGUAUCUUUGACGAGAUGAUAUUGGACAGUGGAGCCACUGUAUACCACAACGUGACCGUGGCCUCCAUCGAAAAGUCCAAGACAAAGACACAGCCAUCAUCCUCAUCAAAAUACAUUAUCGCAACUAGAGAUGCCCACUCAAAGGACGACACUAACGAACAUUAUGGCGUGGAGUUCGAUAAUAUUAUUAUCGCCAACCCCUGGCAGUUCAGCAACAUCAAGGCGGGAGAGGGUGUUCUGGAUCGUGCAAUCGACGAGAUUCCAUACACCAAACUUCACGUUACACUAUUUGCAUCGCCUUUAGAGCUGAACCCCGAGUUCUUUGGCCUGAAGCCCGGUAGCAAGGCACCCGCCACGGUUUACACGACCUUGGCUGAGGGCGAAGAAGCAGGACAAGGGGCCGAUGGUGUUGGCCGUACCGGUUUUUACUCAAUCAGCACCUUGAAAUACAUCACCAACCCCAAAACUGGACAGAAGGAGCGCGUCUAUAAGAUCUUCUCGCCCAAAGCCGUCACCGCGGAGUUCCUUACCCGCAUUUUGGGGACCGAGGUUCCUGAACCGGUUGUCUCUGGUAAGGAACAGAACGAGGACAUCUCGUGGUAUUAUCCUCACUGGUUCUACGCUUAUCCCAUCGAGCUACCUCGUGUUACAUUUGAGGACCCUGUUAUUGGUAAUGGUGUCUAUUACACUUCCGGUAUUGAAAGCUUCAUAUCAUGUAUGGAGACCAGUGCUUUCAUGGGUAGGAAUGUGGCUCGACUGGCGGUUGACCAUUUUGCUGGGAUCUCUCACCCAGAUGAACCCUUAGUUGUGGUUGAUAAGAAAGGGCCAUCGGGAAAAGACGUGGAAGGCAUCAAAGUGCAGGCUGAAGGUGAGCUCUAA